AUGAUGGCACACCAAGAAGACACCAAGCACUCACAUCCCGAGUCCCAUAACACCACUCUGCGCCAUCCUGCUGUGGGCAACUACUCAGAACAUCGUAGUCCGCAGUACAAGGUCUCCAACGAGCCUUCCUCCUCCAUCGCUGACCGUCGAGUGGCCCGCAACAUGUCAGGCUCCGAACCAACAUACACCUCGGAUGUUGAAGUCGAUGGGGGCUUCGACAUGAUCUCUCAUCACGAGGUCACUGCCUCCAGGACUUCCUCGGAGACAACCGGCUCUGAAGACACUGUCCUCAACUCGCUCGCUACUAUAGCGAUGGCUACAGCCCCAAUCGUCCCUGGUUCCGCCUUGACCAUGGACAACAUGAACCUCCUUGAUACGCAGUUACCCCUUGGGAACAUAAGCACCUAUCAGUGGCUUUGGGGUCAGCCGUGCCCUGGUGGCUUCGACAUCAAGGACAGCUCGUCCAAAGACAGCAUGAAGGUCCACAUCUCGCACUCGCGUGUGAGCAGAGCUACAGAUAGCUUUGAGAACGAGUAUGGCAUGGCCAACCAUUCUUCCGAAGCUUUCAUCACUUGCGCCGGUGACUGGGCCGAUGUUGCUGCCGGUCCUGCCCCCGCGGCACUUCACUUGGACAUCUAG